ACCACGAUGAUGGCAAAACAUCUUUCGUCGUGGCUUGCAGAAUUGCUCGAAAGCCCGUUUCGCACAGCGGUGCGCUGUGAGCUCAUGUCCAAGAUCACAAACUCAGAGCUGGAGCUGGAGCUGGAGCUCGACGACCCCUCCGUGUCUGUGCACAAACCCCAGCACCCUGAUAUGCCGCUACCACAGACGAGCACUGAGCUGCGUGAAUCUGUUGAGGAACUUCUCCAGCGCGUGUGCUUGGAUCGGCACAAGCAAGUGGUCCUGACACCAUCGCAGCGCACCGUCCUCAACGACAUCGUCACGCACGUUUUUGACGUCGUCAGUGGCAACAAAGGUGCCAGCAACAAGGGCGCUGGUCGCCUGGUCGUCGGACCAAAGGGCACGGGCAAGACGACGCUGCUGCUGCUGUUGGAGAAGCUCCUGAACAUGCUGCUGCCGGCCUCUGUCGUCGUCUUCUACGCCUCUGCACAAACGCACCGUGACCUGUACAAACUGCUCCACAAGGCAAUCAAGGAGCGCACGGGACUCUCCAUGGAGCUUCCUGAGGACACGUCUCCAUCCGACGCCCCAGGUCACUUUGCCAGAUGGCUCAAAGCGAACAAGAUCAAAGUGGUGGGCCUCAUCGACGAGUACCAGGCCGUCUACACCUUUGACGAGGAUCGCUGGUGGAUCAUCGCCAUGCAUGUCUUCGGGCAGUUUGCUGCGCGCUACACGUUUGUGCUCACCGGCAGCUCUGCUCACCUCCGCGGCCUGUGCUUCGACAAAGCGCCGAAACCGCCCAAUUCCGCUGCUACAAGCCGCUACACCACUCUCGUGCUGUCGCCCAUCCUGACCAAGCACGGGCUGCGCGAUGUUGUUGACCACCUCGGCAUGCUGCCCAUGGCAAGGUUCAUACGUGUUGAUGGCGAUGACAACGAUGACACCUCUGUUCAGGACGAGGCGCUGCUCCGAUUCAUCUUCAUGCAGACCGCCGGGCUCAUGCGCAACAUCACCAGCCUGAUUCCUGCAAUGCAGCGCAUGGUUGAAGACUCCCUGACACCCGUCCUCCAGGCCUGCUGCGCCAUUGACGACGAGGCUCUCGUUGCAACAGCGCGUGAGGUUUGUGGCGUGGUGCGCAAUGCAGAGAGCAGCCUACAGGACAAGGCAUCUGCGCUUUUGCGUCUGAUCGAGACUGCAGAGGAAGCGGGUGCUACCGUGGAGCGGCCCGUGUACAGCAGUGAUGUGCACCAGACCUUCGACGACACCUUUGUGGCUCGUCACCUCACCAAGCACAGCCGCCUGCUGCAUGCCAUGGCAGAGUGCCUGGUGCGGCACGCUGAGGAAAGACGAUGGGCUGCGCUGGCCGAUGACCCGUGGGCGCUCGUGACGGCACUCCCUGCUGUGGACCUCGAGGCCGAGGGCUUCGGGCCAAGUGACUUGUACCAGGCUGCAGAAGACGGGGCCGUGGUGUACGGAAUGGAGGAGCACAUGAUCUCCUUUGCCUCGCCGGCCCUGGCGCUUGCCAUCUUGGAGGACCGCGCCAAACGAAUUGGUGGCGCCAGGGCGCGAUGCUGCAUUGCGGACUGGUAG